CACACUCACGCACACGCACACACACACGCACACACACACACACACCGCGUUUUCCACUAAAUGGCGAAAGCGUACAAAGUGCAGCUGACGUCCGGAGAUUAGAAGAAUAACUCGUGGUAGGCAAAAGGAAAAAGAAAGAGCAAAACAAAACAAGUCUGCUGCUGGUCUGCGGGACGCUGAACUGAACUCCGCUCCGCCUCAUGUUGGGAAAACUUCUGCCGCUCAGAGACGGAAACAUCUACGAUAAGAGCACCAGGCGUCUGUGCAUCCAGAAACCACAAACAGAUGUACACGAGACCAGAGGCCUCCGUUUGAUAAGACCACAUCCAAACAAACCGCAUCUGGGAAGACUUAGUGUUUGAUGCCACCAGGAUGGGGAACAGCAGCAGCGACCGGUCCAGUGGCGGUCAGGGUGAGAGGUCAUACAGAGAUGGACAGCAAGGAGGGAAAGAGGCAAGUCCCAACAUCCUGAUGGACAACUCGGAGGACGCAGACCUUUUCCCGAGAGAAGACUCAAAGGCUCCCCAGGAAAUACAGGAAUAUCUGGCCUGGCAGCAGGACCUGGAGAGUGAUAGCAAAAGUCCAACGCAGGACAGACCCACUAUGUUCAAGUGGCCGGGGGCCGCCAAGGAGGUUUAUGUGUCUGGCUCCUUUAACAACUGGGCCACCAAGAUCCCUCUCAACAAAAGUGUGAAAAACUUUGUGGCUAUUGUGGACCUGCCAGAGGGAGAGCACCAGUACAAGUUCUGUGUAGACGGCCAGUGGACUUUGGAUCCUACUGGGGCCGUCAUGACGUCGAAAACUGGCACCGUUAAUAAUGUCAUCCAGGUAAAGAGAACUGACUUUGAAGUCUUCGACGCUCUCAGGAUCGACUCGGAGGAUACUGCAGACAUAUCAGACUUGUCCAGUUCCCCUCCCGGCCCCUACCUACAGGAUGCAUAUGUGACCAAGCCAGAAGACAAAAUCCAGCAUCCUCCCUUCUUACCUCCGCACCUCCUGCAAGUGCUGCUCAACAAGGACACAGGUAUUUCUUGUGACCCAACACUGCUCCCAGAACCCAACCAUGUGAUGCUCAAUCACCUGUACGCCCUCUCCAUCAAGGACGGAGUGAUGGUCCUCAGUGCAACGCACCGAUACAAAAAGAAAUAUGUGACCACACUUCUCUACAAGCCAGUAUAAGCAACAGAGCCAUGAUCCAGCCUCUUAUUUUAAUAUGAAUCUGUUGUCGUACACGACUGCCGCUUGCAUCGUUGUUAAAACUGCAACUAAUUAUCUUCCCGAUAUCAAUUCAAAACAUUCGAUACAUCUGUUUUUACCAUCCUGUAAUCUCAUAAACUAAUAAAAAAUGUUGUAAAGUUAAA